AUGUCUGACUACAAGCCCACUGAGCACGACGGCAAACGUCUCGACGGUGGAGUCGACAAGCGCGUUGGCACUGGCGAGUUUGCUCACGGCAAGGUUGAUCCUCACCAGGCCGGCAAGAAGGGCGGACACACUUCCGGAGGUUCAAGUGGUGGUCUUGAAAGCAGUGGCGGCAGCGGCGGCAGUGGCGGCGGUGAAUUUGCGCAUGGCAAGGUUGAUCCUCAUGAGGCUGGCAAGAAGGGUGGACGUGCCAGUGGUGGUACAGGAGCAUAA